UUGAAGAAAUUCACACCAAAACCUUGUUGCUCACAAUCUCUCCUCUCCUCUCCUCUCUCUCUCUCUCUCUGCGUCUGAAACACCUUGGAUCAAAACCCCAUUUAAUUUGCUUCCUUCCUAAAAACUAGAGCAAGCCAUGGAACCCCAUCGUUUCGAUGCUACUGCCCUGGUCCUGGCCGCCUUCGUCAUCAUCACCCUUGCCGCAGCUUCCCCGGCAGUAUCAAACACCACCUCAUCAUCAUCAUCUCGUCUGCGUCCCAAGGGGUACGUCUUCCCCUUCAUCGUCGUCCAACAUGCCGGCGGUGACCACACGCAAACAUUCCAGAUCGGCAACCAACCUGAUAACCAGACGACCAUCCCGGUCAAUGGAGGCCCGACCUUUUUCGUGGCCAAAUUCAGCUUGGGGAAUCCCCCGCAGCCGCAGAAAGCCCUCAUCGACUCUGGCAGCAGCCUAACAUGGCUCUACUGUCAAAGAGAUGCCGAUUCCGAGUACAAGAAGGGAAUGAAUCCCAGCUUCCGCCUUUUCAAAUCCAGCACAUUCCGGUACGUGGCCUGCAAUCACCCGGUGUGUGCUGAUAGUUUCCACAGCGAUUGCCACGAUUCGCGGUGCAUCUUCAUGGCGUCCUAUCAUGCCAAAGGUGAAGACGCUGUCGGCUACGUCAGUAUCGAUACCCUCAAGGUCAAUAGACCGAAAGAGGGCACCAAGGAGCUCAACUUCACCUUCGGGUGCAACGUCGGGACACCCAGCGGACUCCGUGAGAUGGGCUUCGACGGUAUCCUCGGGGUCGGCCCGGAAAAGACCUCCAUUGUUUCCCAGCUUGGAGGAGGUCCCUUGGCCAUGUGCUUCGGCCCCCUGGACGCUAAAGACUACAGGGCCAACUAUUUGGCUGUCGGCGAGGGAGUGGAGCUGGGAUGGAAUCCAGCCCCCAUGAGUUUUGGCACCGGCAUGCACUACUACGUCCGAGUGGUGUCCGUCUUCCUCGGCCAAACGGAAAUCAAGGCCGAGAUUAAUGGCGGGGCCGGGGACGGCAUAGCCUCCGUGGACAGCGGAUCUAGCUCAACGGUCGUGCCAGAUUAUGCCUACACGGACAUCAAGGAUGAGAUCAAGUUGCUGCUUGACGCUGCCGGGGCUGAGCCAGCGUCGAUCGGCCCGAACGAGCUCUGCUACCUGGGAAGGCCCGACAUGCUUCUGAAGGCGGCCGCCACGACGAAAACGUUCCCGUCGCUCUUUAUCAACCUCGAGGGCGGGUCCAGGUUCGAGCUGCCCAUCGAGAGCCUUUUCCAGGUCUCGGAUGACGGCAAACACUACUGCUUGUGGCUGAUUCGAAGCUCGUACAUUCCAGCUCUCAAGGGCGACUCGACAUUGUUGAUCGGUAUAAACGCGUUUCAAUUUCACCGCGUAGUCUUCGACUCCGAAAGGAAGCAAAUGUCCGUGGAGCAGAUGGCCUGUCGACUAUGACGACGUGAUGGAGUUACUUAAAACAAGCAGUUUUUGACUCACGCAAAAAAAUAACCAUACCAAUUUAUAUUCGAGUUACGCAUUAGUAUAAAAAAAAAUCCAAGUUCUACAAAUACUCUAAACAUUUGGAUCGAUUUGGAGAAUAAGAAAAUCCAAUCCGUUAA